GUAAAUUAUAGUGUCAAUCAAUUUCUGUUGUAUGCAGGCUGCUGUAUGCCGGCUACACUUUUUUCGGAGAAUAUAGCAUUUUUGCAACAAAAUUUGAAAGUUUUAAAUGUAGUAUAAAGCAGGAAACAUGGUGAAACUGAAGUAUUUGAUCGUAAUUGCGAUACUAUGUGUCCUUGAACUUCAUUUUGCGCAGGCAAAAACAAACUCGAAGAGUGCGGUGGUGGACGGAAUCAACGACAUAAAGGAGCUUAAAAAGUUGUUUCGCACCAAAAACAAUGUAUUAGUCCUGUUCGUUUCCAAUGCAAAGGAAGCCCAGAGCGUCACGAAUGUAUUUCGAGAAGCGGCCGAAGUUAUCAAAGGCCAAGGUACGAUGGUGUUCUUCGAUUGCAGCAAUAGCGAAGUGAAAAAAAUUUGCAAAAAGCUGAAAGCUAACCCCACACCUCACACAUUGAAACAUUACAAGGACGGUGAUUUUCAUAAGGAUUAUGACAGGCAGUUGACAAUUACCAGUAUGGCAAAUUUCAUGAGAGAUCCAACCGGAGAUCUACCCUGGGAAGAAGAUCCAGUUGGAGUGGAUGUUACACAUGUUCCAGAUGCUGUUACUCUCGGAAAAUUUCUUAAAAAGGAGGUCAGACCGGUACUGGUCAUGUUCUAUGCUCCAUGGUGUGGAUUUUGCAAAACUUUAAAGCCGGAAUUCUCCGCUGCAGCUACGGAGCUGAAACCUAAACAUGUGUUAGCUGCCAUUGAUGUGAAUCGGCCUGAGAAUUCGAUCAUCCGAAAACAGUAUAACAUCACGGGCUUUCCAACGUUACUGUAUUAUGAAAACGGUCGUAUGCGACAUACAUUCGAUGGGGAAAACAACAAAGCUGGAAUUGUUGCUUUCAUGAAAAACCCUGCAGCUCCUCCACCAGCGAAACCUAAAGAUGCUGACUGGGCAUCGGAACCGAAUUCGGAAAUUGUACACCUGAGCAGUGCUAACUUUGAACCUGCAUUGAAGGAUGAGAAAUCGGCCUUGAUAAUGUUCUACGCACCUUGGUGUGGACACUGCAAAAAAAUGAAACCCGAGUAUGAAAAGGCCGCUACUAUAAUGAAGGAGAAAAAAAUUGCAGGAGUGCUUGCCGCAUUGGAUGCCACUAAGGAGCAGGCGAUUGGACAGCAGUAUUCAGUUAAGGGUUAUCCCACAGUCAAAUAUUUUAGUAACGGUGAAUUCAAGUUCGAUGUAAAUGUGCGUGACGCAGAUAAAAUUGUUGAAUUUAUGAAGAAUCCAUCGGAACCUCCUCCACCCCCGGCACCAGAAGCCCCAUGGGAAGAAGAAGAGAAUGAAGUAGUACAUCUAAACGACGAAACUUUCAAACCGUAUCUUAAGAAAAAGAAGCAUGCUUUAGUUAUGUUCUACGCCCCAUGGUGCGGUCAUUGUAAACGUGCAAAACCGGAGUUUACCAGCGCAGCAGAUCAUUUCAAAGAUGAUCCCAAAGUGGCACUAGCUGCUGUCGACUGUACACGACAUAGCGGUGUGUGCUCUGCUUACGAGGUGCGUGGUUAUCCGACGAUGAAGUACUUCAGUUAUCUUAAAAGCCACAGGGAAUAUGACGGUGGGCGAACAGCAGCCGAUUUUAUAAAAUUCCUCUCUGAUCCCGAUGCUCCAGCCCCGGUCAAAGCUUCAGAACCCUAUGGUGAUUAUCCUGGUUCGGAAAAAAUUUUAAUUUUGUCCGACGGAAAUGCCGAUGAUAUCUUACAAAAAGAGGAUCGCGUCCUAGUGAUGUUUUACGCGCCCUGGUGUGGACAUUGCAAACGGAUGAAACCAGAGUUUGCUGAAACGGCUAAUUUGCUGAACAAGAACGGUGUCCCGGGCAAGGUGGCUGCGGUCGACUGUACCGUUCAAACCAAAAUAGCCGAACGAUUCGAAAUUCAAGGAUUUCCAACGAUAAAAUACUUUGUACGGGGGAAGUUCGUCAAAAACUACGAAGGAAAGCGCAUGGCUCAGGCUAUGUACGAGUUCAUUCGCUCUAACGGAGUCAGCACAAAGGACGAACUCUAAAACGAGAAUAAGGAAGAAUGAAUAUGUGAUUUAGUGUACUCGUGCAAAAAUGCUGUCGCACAAAGGCGAGUCAUUCUUAACUGUAUCUGCCUCAGUUUUAUAUUCCUCUAAUCUGUCUGUAGAUAUUUUCUAUUGAAUAUUAUUUCCUAAGAGCAUUUUUGAAUGUUUUAACACGUGUGUCUAUUUCCGGCACAGGCUAUUUGAAUACCUACAUAACAUAAGAUAAAUCAAAUCGAGUAAAAGACUUCCGACUUAGCACACACAUUGUCAAUACUGGUGUUGCAUUUGUUUAAGUAUACCCGUAAAAUGAAUGCGUGGACGAAAUAUAGGUGUUUUAUUUUUA